AUGGCGGAGAACGGUGGUGCGAGGCCGUGGAACCCGGCUCCAUUCAUAAUGAUUCCUCCGCAGCCCAAAACCCGGAAACCUGGACAACUGAACGACAACCAGAUCAGGCAGUUCUUUGAAGAGGGUUAUGUCGUUGUCGAGGACUUCUUCACGGCCGAUGAACUCCAACCAUGUCGUGACGCUAUUAACAUGAUGGUUGAUAAUUUGGCGGAGAAAUUGUACUGCGCCGGAAAGGUCAAAGAUCGGUAUAAAGAAUUUGGGUUAUUUCAAAGACUGACGGAAUUGGAGAAGGAUUUUCAAGGUUCUAACAUUCUGCUGUUUAAACAUCAGAAAAUGCCAAAGGCGUUCUGUAAUCUCUGGUCCAACGAGAGGAUUCUAAAUGUGAUGGAACAACUGAUUGGUCCAGACGUAGCCGGACAUCCGGUCUGGAACCUUAGAACCAAAACCCCAAAUAGCGAGGCCGUCAACAUCCCUUGGCAUCAAGACAGCGCUUACUUCAGUGCGGACAGCUAUUACCACCUGAUCCCCACAGCCUGGGUACCAUUCCUGGACACGACCGAGGAGAAUGGCUGUAUGCAGGUCGUUCGUCGAGGUCACCGAGAGGGCAAGGUCGCCCGUCACACGUGUUGUCAAGGUCCCACUUGGUACGUGAUGCUGGAGGAAGAAGAUAUGGAGAAGGAAUUGGGGGUAGACAUGACGCGUGAUCUCGUCACAGUUCCGGUUAAGUAUGGCGGGUUUCUUCUGUUCCACAACAUAACACCUCACCGGAGUUUGCCGAAUGUUUCCAAUGACGUUCGUUGGAGUGUUGACCUUAGAUGGCAGUCGCCAUCAUCCAACUGGGGCUUUUACGACAUUCAAGAAGGAAUCAAUUUUCGCUCUGCCUCUGACCCGGAACUGAAACCUGAUUGGGCCAAGUUCUUCUCCGUCGACAGAAAAGACGUCUGGCAAAAGAAAUACUUCAAACAGAAACACGAAGAGGAUCAGUUCGACACGACAAUCACGGGGCCGUGGAUCGGGCGAUGGGAAAUUGUCAACCAUAACAAGCACACCAAGGCUUUCUUCAACGCAGUUGGUGUUAAAACGGAGUAA